UUUCGACUCCCACUGAAUUUUAAAAACCCAACAGCUUAUCCUCAUUGUUGCAGUAGCGCAAUGGCAAUGGCGGUUAACUGCGCCACUUCUUCUUCCCUCUUCAUAUCCAAACCCUCACCCUCCUCCCUCGGCUUUUCACUCGCCGCGUCGACCAAACCUUCCGUCCAACCCAAGAGGCUUUUCAAUUUCAAGAUAUGCUGCCAAGACAAACCCGCUGUUAUACCGGCCGACCAGCACUGGAUGUUUGACGAUCUCACUGGACCCGAUGUGUGGAAUAAAACAUGGUAUCCCAAGGCUAAGGACCAUAUUCCAACCAGCAAGACUUGGUACGUAGUGGAUGCUAGCGACAAGAUUCUUGGAAGACUAGCUUCGACAAUAGCCAUUCAUAUCAGGGGAAAAAAUCUAGCUACUUACACUCCCAGUGUCGACAUGGGAGCUCAUGUUAUAGUGGUGAAUGCCGAUAAGAUCGCUGUAUCUGGAAAGAAGAGGACACAGAAACUCUACAUGAGGCACUCAGGAAGACCUGGUGGCAUGACAGUGGAAACCUUCGAUCAGCUUCAGAAGAGAGUUCCUGAAAGAAUCAUUGAGCAUGCUGUCCGUGGGAUGCUCCCUAAAGGGCGACUUGGCAGAUCAUUGUUUACCCAUCUUAAGGUUUACACUGGUCCAGAUCACCCUCAUGAAGCUCAACAACCCAAGGAAUUACCUAUAAGGGACAAGAGGAUAACGAAGCAGACGUAGAGGUGUUAAUGUUUCUUUGAGGAAGAAGUCAUUCGGGGACUACAUUUCAGAUGUUUAUAAUGUAUUUCAUCAUUCACUUCCAUCUCUCCUGUGGCUGGAAGCACCCUCAUAACCAUUCUUCUGAGGCAUUUAAGCACAAUCAGAAUCGUUAUGAAGCUCUUUUUGACUAAACAUUUGCACGAUUAUGUAAUUUUUGUAGUUGUAUCUCUUUUA